GGCGGGGAAAUGAAAGAAAAUCGGCCACAGUGCGCAUGUGUGCGGGUGUGCUUUGGCUCUUCGGGUAAAGAUGGCGGAGCGCGGGUACAGCUUUUCGCUGACUACAUUCAGCCCAUCUGGUAAACUUGUCCAGAUUGAAUAUGCUUUGGCUGCUGUAGCUGGAGGAGCCCCGUCAGUGGGAAUUAAAGCUGCAAAUGGUGUGGUAUUAGCAACUGAGAAAAAACAGAAAUCCAUUCUGUAUGAUGAGCGAAGUGUACACAAAGUAGAACCAAUUACCAAGCAUAUAGGUUUGGUGUACAGCGGCAUGGGCCCAGAUUACAGAGUGCUUGUGCACAGAGCUCGAAAACUAGCUCAGCAGUACUAUCUUGUGUACCAAGAACCCAUUCCCACAGCUCAGCUGGUACAGAGAGUAGCUUCUGUGAUGCAAGAAUAUACUCAGUCAGGUGGUGUUCGUCCAUUUGGAGUUUCUUUACUUAUUUGUGGUUGGAAUGAAGGACGACCAUAUUUGUUUCAGUCAGAUCCAUCUGGAGCAUACUUUGCCUGGAAAGCUACAGCAAUGGGAAAGAACUAUGUAAAUGGGAAGACUUUCCUUGAGAAAAGAUAUAAUGAAGAUCUGGAACUUGAAGAUGCCAUUCAUACAGCCAUCUUAACCCUAAAGGAAAGCUUUGAAGGGCAAAUGACAGAGGAUAACAUAGAAGUUGGAAUCUGCAAUGAAGCUGGAUUUAGGAGGCUUACUCCAACUGAAGUUAAGGAUUACUUGGCUGCCAUAGCAUAACAGUGAAGUGACUGAAAAAUCGAGAAUUUCAGAUAAUCUGUCUACUUAAACAUGUUUAAAGUAUGUUUUGUUUUGCAGACUUUUUGCAUACUUAUUUCUACUUGGUUUAAAUCGACUGUUUUUAAAAUGACUUAUAAAUCCUAAUAAACUGCUAAACUCACUUCCCA